GACGCGAGGCUCAGCCCGGGGAAGCGAAAGCAUCACCACGCGUGUCCACCCCUCCUCCUCCUCCACGUCUCCCUCCCUCCAUUGCUCCCCUCCCCCUCAGCUGCGCAAUCCCACGGCCGCCGCCGCCGCCGCCGCCUGUCCGCCAUGGCAGGGAAGCUUAUUGCAAACUUGAUUGUCAUGGGCUCUGGGAUUAUAGGAAGAGCUAUGCUCCAAGCAUACCGGAAAGCACUUGAUAAUGCAAAUAAAACUGGUGUGGCCCAUGAAACAAUUAAUAACAUUCGUAGAGCCAGCAAAACAAUGACUGAGCAAGAAGCUAGGCAGAUACUCGGUGUAUCUGAGCAGUCAACUUGGGAAGAGAUUGCACAGCGCUAUGAUAAUUUAUUUGAAAGAAAUGCAAAAUCUGGGAGCUUUUAUCUUCAGUCGAAGGUCCACCGAGCAAAGGAAUGCCUAGAGAAUGUGUACCAAAAGAAUAAGCAAGAUGGAACACCACCUUGAAAUUUGCAGUCCUUGAAAAAUCAUCUUUUCAGAUAUAUUCUUUCCCACUCAUAAGAGAAGUGUACAUACCAGAAUUGGUCGCUGCUGUUGUAUCAUUACACGUAGUGGAAUCAAUAAGAAUCAAAGUGCAGCGAGACCUUGGAAUUGUGGAAAACUGUUUUAUGAGGUUUCAAUAAACUCUAGCAUGAAGUACGAUUUUGUUCUUUUGAUUUGACCUUAGGAAACAAUGCAAAUUUUGUCAUCUUGGUGGCUGCUAGUUAGGUUUAAACAUUUGAACAUGUACUGUCCCUCAUCAAAGUUUGGCAUUGCAGUUAGGCUGCCAGAUGGACCAAUGUUGAAAACAAUGUUUUGUGUUAUGCUAAUCAAUCGGCUACGGAAUUUUGCA